AUGGGCGCCAAGAACAACGUGACUGAGUUUGUCUUGCUCAGCCUUUUCCAGAGCCGGGAGAUGCAGCGUGCCUGCUUCCUGGUCUUCUCCAUCUUCCACGUGCUCACGGUCCUGGGGAACCUUCUGGUCAUCGUCACCAUCAACGCCAGCAAGACCCUGCAUGCCCCCAUGUACUUCUUCCUCAGCCACUUGUCCUGUGCUGACAUGUGCUAUCCAUCCGCCACCACACCCAAGAUGAUUGCCGACACUUUGGUUGAGCGCAAGACCAUCUCCUUUGAGGGCUGCAUGACCCAGCUCUUUUCUGCCCACUUCUUUGGUGGCACCGAGAUCUUCCUCCUCACGGCCGUGGCCUAUGACCGCUACGUGGCCAUCUGUCGGCCCUUGCACUACACAACCAUCAUGGGCCGCCGGAGGUGCGGCCUGCUGGCGGGGGCCUCCUGGGUGGCUGGCUUCCUGCAUUCCAUCCUGCAGACGCUCCUCACGGUCCAGCUGCCCUUCUGUGGGCCCAACGAGAUCGACAACUUCUUCUGUGACGUCCAUCCCCUGCUGAAGCUGGCCUGUGCAGACACCUACGUGGCGGGGCUCAUCGUGGUGGCCAACAGCGGCAUGAUUUCUUUAGUGUCCUUCGUCAUCCUUAUCAUCUCCUAUGUGGUCAUCCUGCUGAGCCUGAGAAGCCGGACUCGGAGCUCCGAGGGGCGGCGCAAGGCCCUGUCCACCUGUGGGUCCCACAUCACCGUGGUCACCUUGUUCUUUGGGCCCUGCGUCUUCAUCUAUCUGAGACCUUCUACCACCCUGUCUGUGGACAAGAUGGUGGCCGUGUUCUACAUGGUGAUCACCCCACUGCUCAACCCUGUCAUCUACUCCCUGAGAAAUGCUGAAGUGAAGAAGGCCAUGAAGAGGCUGUGGGUCAGAGCAAUGAAACCAGAAGAGAGGUAG